AUGGGAGCUAUUUCAGCUGGUUGGGAAUCCAAAGAAGAACAAGGUACAAGUGUUCCAAACCUUAAAGGUGCGAGAAUGUUUUCUUAUAUGGAGCUAGAAAAAGCUACAAAUAGAUUUGCUCAGAUGAAUGAAAUUGGUUCGGGAGCAUAUGGCAAGGUUUAUAAAGGAAUUCUGAGCGGAGGCGAAAUGGUGGCUAUAAAAAGGGCCAAUCAAGCAUCUCUGAAAGAUAGAAAACAAUUCAAGAACGAGAUAGAAUUGUUAUCGCGAGUGCAUCAUAGGAACAUUGUGGGAUUGCUUGGGUUUUGCUUUGACAAAGAGGAACAGAUGCUGGUGUAUGAAUAUAUAUCAAAUGGAACUCUCAGAGAAAGUAUCCAUGGACAAACUGGUAUUCGUCUGGAUUGGAGAAGAAGAAUUCUUAUAGCAUUGGGUGCCGCCAAGGGUUUAAACUAUCUCCACGAAUUUGCAAAUCCACCCAUAAUACAUAGAGAUGUCAAGUCUACCAAUAUAUUACUGGAUGAAAGGUUGGUUGCCAUGGUUGCGGACUUUGGUAUUUCUAAAGUUGUUUCAGACGGCGGUGUACGUGCUGGAGGUCAAAGCCAUGUAACAACUCAAGUAAAAGGAACAAUGGGCUACUUGGAUCCAGAGUACUACAUGACACUACAGCUUACAGAGAAGAGUGACGUCUAUAGUUUUGGUGUUGUAUUGCUGAAGCUUAUUACUGCACGUCCCCCUAUUGAAAGGGGUAAAAAUUUGGUUCAAGAGGUCAAAACGGUCUUGGAAUUACAGGGAAUCAGAGGCUUUCGACAUGAAUUAAUGGAUCCAGUUUUAAAGCAGUCUAUGUACAUUACAGGCUUUGAAAAUCUUCUUAAUUUUGCCUUGUGUUGUGUAGAGGAACUGCCAGAAAAUCGACCCAGCAUGGAUGUAGUGGUGAAGGAACUAGAAUCCAUUGUAGAAAAUGAGAGGCUUCUUAAUUCGAUAUCAACCCGGAUUCGAGGAGCCAAGAGUGAUAUGGCAGUGGUGGAGUAGUAAAGUCCAAUGUGAUGUGUGUUUGGUCAGUAUAUUGUGAUGCUGAAUACUGCAACUUCUUGCAAGUCGAUAAUAGAAGAGCCAACGAUCAGGAAACAGAUCUUUGGGAUGGAGGAUGUGAGAAUAAAAAUUAUAAAUUAAAGGUGUGUUCAAAAUGAAAAUAAUUUAUUGUAUUAAUACAUUUUUAUGUCAUAUGUAUCCCCUGUUAGAAGCCAUACUUAACAGUAUUCAAGAUGAUGCAGACUCCGUCUCUCUGUUGUCAAAGAUUUCAAAGAGUUUUCUGCUAAAUUUUUCAUACAAUUACUAAUGUGGACUGUGAGAACCUAAGAUUCAUAUGACAAAAUAAAUUAUAAAUCUUCCAUGAUUUUAUUUUGGUAGUUCACAUAUCAAAGAGAAAAGAACAUUCUAAUA